AUGCUCAUCGGAAAUGCUGUGAAGAGAAUCGUUCAAACUAUAAUUUAAAAAAGAUCACUAUUUCUUCCAAUUAAGUAAUAAGUUUAUAUUCCAAAAUUUAUUAUAAUACCAUAAUAUGGAUUUUUUUUUAAUGGUAAACAUGAUAAGUAAAUUUUGAUCCUAUAUUUUUAGAGAUGAAAAAUAAGCUGAAAUUGAUAAACUGUAUGAGGAAAUGGAGGAAUGUGAGAAUGAGAAAUAAUCAAUGAAUAUGCUCAAAAAAAUAAUUUAAAUAAGAGAACAAAUGGAUUAAUCAGAAAAAAAAAAAUGUGUUUCAUUACUAUUAGAUAAAAUUGAGUAUGCACGAUAUUUAAUUGAAAAUCAAUAGAUGGAGGAUAAAUUAGUUCAAGAAGUACUUUCUGAUGAUUAUUUGAAUGAUGUUCAUUAUAAAAAUAUUGAUUGGUCUAAAUAUCCUAAGAAUUUUAAUGAAUUCUUAUGGCACAAUUUGGCAAUAGGAGUUAUGUAGCUUAAAUUUAUUAAGCAAUUUGAUGAUGUAGCUUUUUUAGAAAUAGAAUAAUGGUUAAAGUAUUAUCAUAAAAUAUAUAUCAAGAUAGUAUAAGGAAUCUAUAGUGUAUAUAAAAAAUUAUCUAAAUGAAAAUUUUGAGGAAAUCGGUGAGAGUUAAGGAUACUUAGUUAAAGAGCAAGGAUUAUCAUAAUAUCAAUAUAAUUUGACCUUCUAUUAUGAAAUGAAAGCUAAAUUAUUGAUAGAAUAAGAUUAAGUAUAAGAAGGAAUAAAGAAUUAUGAAGUUGCUUUAAGGGAAACAAAGAAAUUUAUGGAAAUAGUUAAAUCAUGUAUAUUAUAUAAAUUAUUUAGUAUGUAAUCAUGAAAAUUCAGAGGUUGCUAAUGAAGCAGAAAAGUAAAGAGAGAAAGGAAUAUCUAAAUUUGCAUAGAUAUUUGAAGAUCUUGGAUAUGUUUAAAUCGAAAUUGACGAAUUAACAUCUGCAAGACCUUAUUUUGAAAAAGCUAUAGAACUUUAUUUAUAAGUUUUUGGAAAGCAUUCUAUUUAAUAUGCUCAAAGUUAUUGUUAGUUGGUUUUAACUUACUAAUUAACAGAUCCAUAAAAAUGUGAAGAAAUGUUAAGAGAUUUUCAUGAAUAUUUAGAAAGUUUUAAUUAAGAUACAAUAUAUCUAGAAGUUACUAUGCAUUAUUUUUGUAUUUUAGAAGCUUAAGAUAGAGGUACAAUAGAACUAUUCAUGAAGAUUUAAGAAAUAAGAGAAUUUUAUAAUAUAGAAAAUGAUUUAUUAAUUGUUGAAUAUGAUAUUUAAGCUAUUAAAUUUGUGAUCAGAAAUGGUUAAUUUUAGGAUAAAAUAUUUGUUCUUUUUAAGGAAUCAAUUUAAUUAUUAGAUUCAUUUGGUAAUCCAACUAUAUAAGCUGAAAAAUUGUUACUAUUAAAUGAUCUGGCUGAGAAAACUGUUGAACUUAAUAGGAUUCUACAUGAUAUAAUUUUGGAAUAGCUAUUAGAUUAAUUUGAGGAAGUAAGUUUUAUGAUUGAAAAUGAUGAGUUGUAAUAUAAAAUAGAUAGAUAAAAAGCAUUUCUAUAAUUUAGACUAAGAGAUACUCUUUUAAAUACUCCAGAAGAAAGUUUAGAAAAUUUCUUUUUAUUAGUAAUUAAAAUAAUUAAUCUUAGUUUUCCAAUUGGAUAGAGAAGAAAGAAUUUCUUGAAAUGCUAUUUGAAGAUACAGAUGAAAUAAUUUAAUAAGUUUUAGAUCAUUAAAUGUUUAAAGUUGCUCAUAAAUUAAUAAAAAAUAUAAUUGAAAUUAUGGAGGAAGCUUUACAGAAUUCAAAGAGUGACUAUAUCGAUGAAGCUUUGAAUCAUUAUAAAAAAGAAGCAUAAAAUAUAUUUGAUUAAAUUACUGGAAAAUGA